GCGGUCCCGGCGAAACGGCCCAGGUGCGUGCGGAACGAACGGGGAAAAUGGCCAGGGCGAAGCGGUUCGCGGGUUGAACGGUUUGGACGGAACCAAGUUGUUCUGUCUUCUCAGCGAGAGGGUCACCUCCAGCUCCGAACUCUAGUCGGCAAUUGCGCUCGCUGCUUUUUCGAAAACGGUGUUGGUUCCGACCCCGAGCUGCGACCAGACGGCGGAGUCUCCCACCUGCCCCGCAUCGCUGCAGGAGCCUGUGAUCAACAUCAUGCCACCCGCCAGGCCCAACUCCGUUGACAGCCAGCAGUGCGGGCACAUCUUCUGCACCAAGGAGGCAACUUGCUGCGAGACGUCGUUGCCGGAGCCGUUUCAGUCGCGCAACAACACCAAGUAUGGCAUAUGUGGUGCACCCCGGGCAAAGUGUUGCGGGUUAUUGGUAUGCGGCGAGAACGCCGUCUGUUGCCAUGGUCUUUGCUUGGCCAAUGGAACCGCCUGCGCCUACGACGGAAACAACACCAACGCAACCCACUGACGCCAGCAGUUGGCCAGAUGAUGUGCUUUUCUCCUUGCACGAUAUCAUUGCUCGUCUACUUGCACCGACCUUCUGGAUGAUUGCUUUGAGAAUCAACAGCGGCCAUCCUAUCAAAAUGCAAAAAAUGCACGCGCGGGGCAGCCUUUCACCCAGACUGACGUCAUUCGGAUGUGCCGCGCGUCUUCUCGCAGCAAAAAGAUGGUUAUUGUGCUCGCACGCGGUCAGUCGAAAA